GAGAACAGAUUAAGAACGUUUAUCACCCCAGUGACCAAGUGCUCAGGAUUGCAACUGUUAUUGGGGAGGACUUCAGCAAGAUCAUCACCACUGAUCUUAAACUCAUCCUUGUUGAUGAUUGGGUCCGUGUGUCCAUAAAUGUUCCUGCUGUUCUUUGGACCUGUGUUUCUUCAUCUGUAGAUCAAAAGAUUUAUCUAGGUAAUAACUGUUGUUAUUUACAGCUUUGUGACUCCUUCAUAACUUGGGUUACCUAUCUCUAUUGCGUCCAGGGCACAGUCAUAUUACCAUCCCUGACAUCUGUCCUGCACGAUGACAAAGAAUUCCCCAACCCAGAGAAGUUCAACCCUGGUCAUUUUCUGGAUGAAAAUGGCAACUUUAAAAAAAGCAACUUCUUCAUGCCUUUCUCAACAGGAAAACGGAUUUGUGCGGGAGAGGGACUGGCCCGCAUGGAGCUGUUUUUAUUCCUGACCAGCAUUUUACAGAACUUUAACCUGAAAUCCUUGAUUAAUCCAAAGAAGCUCAAUGCCACUUCGAGUUCCGCUGGGGGUCUUUCUUUGCCACCCUUGUACAAAAUCUGCUUCAUUCCUGUGUGAAGAAGGUCAGGUCAUCGGCCUGCUGUGGCUAUCUUCUGCCUCUCUCUUAUCAAUGACAUCCUCUGCCUCCUUCCUACUGUUAGGAAUGUAUUCUGUGACCUGUUGUCUCACAUCUCCCCAUUCCCUUAAGAUGCAGUGAACAUCCAAUGUCCAUUAAGGGGAGUUUCUGGAACUGUAUCUAUAACCGCUCUUCCUCAUACUCUGUAAAACAGUAUUUACUGCCGCAUAUGACAAUAUUACCUAGUGUUGAGUUGUUCAUAUGUUAUUACUACCAAACACAGUAAAAUGAUUAAUUAUGAUAAUUCAGAGCCAUUUCUCCUGUGCAUGUUUUAAAUAAAAAGUGUUAUUAAUUGCUGAG